CGAGGAGAGAUCCGUACAAUGUCUCCAAACAUUAAUUUUCCAUUAGUCUUUUUUUAAAAAGAAGAUAAAAAUGUUGACAAGAACGGGAGGUGCUGCCACAAUUUUGAAUGUCCUUCAGCGUACUUCAAACAAAGGAAUCUCCCUUGCGCCCUUUGCCUCUGCAUCCAAAAAUGACUUUAAGAUUCGCCCCGUGGAAGAAACUACAGGCAGGAGGGACGAGAGGACAAGUUCAGUGGAGGAAAGCCUGAAAGAAGGAGCAGCAAAAGCAAUGGAGACGGGCCUAAACAUAGGAGAAAAGGCGAAAAAGAGCAUGGAUGAGGCAUGGGAUGCUGCCAAGGAGACAACCAAGAAUGUCAAAGAUGCUGUAGUUGAUGAUGCUAAUGAUGAAAGAAUGAAGAAGGGAUAUGAGUAUCCACCUACUGAUAGUCAUACAGAAAGCUUGAGGAAACGUGCUGCUGGUUAUGAUUUGAGAGGUCGUGAUUAGCUACGUAUUUAGCAAGUUGCUUGGUAGUUAAUGUUGAAUUUCUUUUUGCAUUUCGAGUUUUCGAGCAAAAGCUAAACUAUACAUGUAUGGUUCUUAUCUUUCUAGGA